GAAUAUGCGCAGUUGAGAACGUGAGGCACGUGAUGUUUGCAAUGACGGAACGGCCUGUUAAAAAGAGAAAAAGAGAUUACUCUGCUUCGUCGUCAGAAGACACUUCUGGAGACUUUAAUGAUACUGAAAGGAGUACAUCUGACGACCGAUCAAAGAGAAAGAAGAAAGCUAAGGAGAGAAAACACAAAGAGAAGGCAAAGAAACACAAAGUUGGAAAAAAGAAACACAGCAAGAAAAAACACAAAGUCCGUCUGGGAGCCAUUGAUCAAUCGAACUAUGGCAAAUAUGGCCUUCUGACAGAAACAGACAUUGUCAACAAACAAGCAGAAUUUUUCAUGUGGCUGUUGGAAGUCAGACAAAUUGAUCCAGAAGUUCAGCCAAGAUUUGAAUUGAAGAAGCUGUUUGAUGACUACAGAGAAGACUACAAUACGGCUACACUGCCACACAAGAAGUACUAUGAUCUUGAAACUUAUGAGGCUAUGAGAAGGCAAAUAGGGAAGAAAAGGAAAGUGAAGGAGACAGUUGUUGUAAAUGAUGAGGAACAACAUAGAAAACAGCUAAAAACUGCACAUAGCACCACUUCAACUCUUACUGAUCUUUCAGAAAUGAAAAGAAUUUUGAGGGAAAGGGCAGAGGAAGAGUACAAAAAGAAAGCAGGAUUUAAGGCAGAUGAAACACGUGGAGUGAGAUAUCACAUCAUACCACAAUGAACAUUUCUUGUAACUUCAAUUAAUUAAAUAAAGCCACGUAUAUAUGUAUAUUAUCAUGUACACUAAUUAGAAAGGUCAACCUUUAGUAGGAAAUUCCUCAAUGAGGUUGGUCUUGUGUCAAGUUGUGGUCAGAU